AUGUUCCUACAGCUGAACAACAAGUACGGACAUAGUCCAUGCACCCUGCAAGACCAGCUCAACCAAGCUUGCUCUGACGACCCUGACGACGAUACUUGUACAUGCAAUACCAUGAUGUAUAAUGUCGGUGCAGCAUGUCAAGCUUGCUCAGGCAACGCUACCUCUACCUGGUCGCAAUGGGCAAGCGCACACUCCUGUGGGUCUACACCUGGUCCACCCCCCUCUCAUCUUCAAGUCCAAAAAGACACUGUCCCGGACUGGGCCUACCAGAACCUCUCGUCAUCCAGCGACUUCAACUUGGCAGCUGCUCUUGCGCAGUCUCCGCCGAAUCAAGGUCUAUCAAAGGGCGCAGAAGUGGCUGUGAUCAUCUCCGUAGCGAUGGGCGCGCUGCUGCUGUCGUCGCUCGGCUUCUGGUGGUAUUGGCGACGGAAGUGGGCACGCCAGCGGAAUUCGCGACAGAAGACACUCCCGCUCCUCCCAGGACAGAACUCACCAUUCCACCCUGCGAAGUGGUUGCGGUGGGUCGGCUUAUUCCGUGGGUCGCAACGCCUUCGCCCGACAAAGAAGAACUCCGAGUGGGAGAUCGACGAUGACGACGAUGACGACGACGACGGCACGGAACUCCUCUCGCAGUCUAGCGGAAAGCGGAACAGCUACCACAGCCCGUACUCUGCGCUGUCUCCGCAACGUGCGUACGGACACAACGUCAGCCCAAGCACGUCGGGCCACGUGCAGUCUCCGUCGGGCUCAAGCUUGCUCUCGCGCUUACCAAGCGUCAGGUUGCCGUCCUUCUUGGAGCGCUUCUCCAAGUUCAAGGACGGGGUGCCCAAGAGCACGUCAUACAAGUCCAAGUACGUGUCGCCCUCGUCUGCGGACGUCAACUUCCAGAUCGACGGGCCCAUUCCCGAAUCUGGCGAACUCCUCGGACGCAAAGGGACGACGCGCACCGUGGCAGACUUCCGCCCUCGACUUUCGGGUUCGCUCCCCGGCGACAAUAAUGCCCACCGACUUUCAAGACCCGUAACGGAUCCCGGUGCGGCGCGACCGGACCACAUGGACGAAGGUUUUGUUCUGGUCCCAGAACCGGCCCCGGUUCCAGAGUCGGUUCUGAUCAUCUCGAAGGACGGACGGGAUUUCUCACUGGACGACACGACGACUGUCGCAGGCAUGUCGGGAGGCAGCUCGGCUCUUUCCCAUCCCCCCUCCGCCUUCGGUGGGCGAUUAACGACGUCCUCCGGGUCGGGCUCGUUCUCCCGCACCGGCACCGCCAGCAUGAUCGUCAGCCCCGUCUCCGCCUGGCAGUCAAGCACGGGCAGCUCCUCCUGGCUGCCCUCCCGCAGCCACCGCGCGGAGACCUCCUCGACCGUCUCGGGCGCGUACCCGCACGAGCUGCGCCGCGAUCCGGACCUCGCGGCGCCGCCCAGCUGGGCGAACAAGUUCCCCCUCCCCCCCACCAUCGUCCCGCCGGUCCCGCCGCUGCCCCCUCUCCCGGACUUGCCGCCGGUGGCACCGCUGGCGGUGCGGCCGCGGCCGUUGCCGCGGAUGCCGGUGGAGGACCUGGAGCCUCCGCGCGUGCUCCCGGAGGACAGGGAGCGGGAGUCGCCGACGGCGAUGACCCCCGCGGACAUUGGCGCGCGGACAUUUCGAUGA